GGAGGCGGGAGUUGUGACAGGAGGGCGGGGCGGUCAUGCUGGGUUGCUCUCCCAUGUUGCCUCCCUCUGCUUUCUCUCUGCCAUGUUCCUUGUGCGCUUUUGUGUGCGACCUCUCAGCAGGAAACAGAGUUAUAAGGUCUUCAUGAAAAUGACACUGGGAGCAGAGUGCCACACAGCCUACAGGACCGCAUCACUAAGCACAGCCACUAACAGAAACCUGCUGAGGUGGGACUUGUCUCCUGAGCGCAUACAGAGCAGGUGUGAAGAGCUCAUUGCUAAAGCUAAGCAUGUUUAUGAUACAGUUGGGGCUCUCGAGCUGGAGAAUAUCACUUAUGAGAAUACUGUGAAGGCCUUGGCGGACCUUGAGCUGGACUAUGCAGUGGAGCGGAGCAUGUUAGAUUUCCCCCAGAACGUCUCACCCAGCAAAGAAGUGCGAGCAUCAAGCACUGAAGCAGACAAACGGCUAUCUGAGUUUGAUGUGGAGAUGACUAUGAGAGAAGAUAUAUUCCGAAGAAUUUUUCAUUUUCAUCAAACACAUGAUCUGAAACAACUGCAUCCAGAGGUCAGAAGGUACUUAGAGAAGUCAGUACAGAUGGGAAAGCGCAAUGGGCUUCAUCUUCCUGCAGAAGUCCAGAGUGAAAUCAAAUCUAUAAAGAAAAAGAUCAGUCAACUCAGCAUCGACUUUAAUAAAAAUCUCAACGAGGAAACCACAUAUCUCAUUUUUACCAAGGCGGAACUGGAAGGUCUUCCCAACGACUUUUUUGGCAGCCUAGAAAAAAUAAAUGGAGACAGCUUUAAAGUCACUCUCCAGUAUCCCCAUUAUUUUCCUGUGCUAAAGAAGUGUUCAGUGCCUGAAACUAGAAGGAAAAUGGAAAGCUCUUUCAACAGAAGGUGUAUGGAAGAGAACUCAGCCAUCCUUGAACAACUGAUUACACUGAGGGCGAAACUGUCUGAGCUGCUGGGAUACCAGACACAUGCCGAUUUUGUUCUCGAGUUGAACACUGCUAAGAACACUAGGAAUGUAUCAGCAUUUCUAGAUAAUUUGAAAACCAAAUUAAAACCUCUAGGGGAAGAAGAGAAACAGUUAAUAUUGCAGCUGAAAAGCAAAGAAUGUUCUGAACGAGGCCUGGAAAUGGAUAACAAGAUCAAUGCCUGGGAUCUGCAUUACUACCUCAAUCGGAUAGUAGAGACCAAAUUUUCUGUGGACCACGAAAAGCUUAAGGAGUUCUUCCCAAUGCAGACUGUUACAGAGAAUCUGUUAUAUAUUUACCAAGAGAUACUAGGGCUGCGGUUUGAGCAAGUGGAAAAUGCCCACGUGUGGCACGAGAGUGUCAGUCUUUAUUCAGUUUUUGAUAAAGAGAGUGAAGAAGAACUGGGGCAGUUCUAUUUGGACCUUUAUCCAAGGGAAGGCAAAUAUGGCCACGCAGCGUGCUUUGGGCUACAGCCAGGCUGCCUUUGCCCCGAUGGGAGCAGAAUGUUGUCUGUAGCUGCGAUGGUGGCAAACUUCACUAAGCCGACCACUGAGCGCCCCUCGCUGCUGGCACACGAUGAAGUGAAGACUUAUUUUCAUGAGUUUGGCCAUGUAAUGCACCAGAUAUGUGCCCAGACAAAGUUUUCCAGAUUCAGUGGAACAAAUGUUGAAAUGGAUUUUGUUGAGGUUCCUUCCCAGAUGCUAGAGAAUUGGGUGUGGGAAAAGGAGGCUCUGCAGAGAAUGUCGGGGCAUUACAGAGAUGGAAGUCCAGUUCCAGACGUUCUUCUCAAUAAACUAAUAGAAUCAAGGCUUGCCAAUACAGGGCUCCUGACUCUUCGGCAGAUCGUUCUGAGCAAACUUGAUCAGUCAAUUCAUACAAACUCAUCUGCCAACGCCACCACAGAAUAUGCCAGGUACUCGGAGGAGAUUCUGGGAAUCCCUGCUACGCCUGGUACAAACAUGCCGGCCACCUUUGGGCAUCUUGCUGGAGGAUACGAUGGUCAGUAUUAUGGCUACCUGUGGAGUGAAGUAUUCUCCAUGGAUAUAUUUUACAGUUGUUUCAAGCAAGCUGGGAUAAUGAGCCCGGAGGUCGGCCUGAAAUACAGGAACCUGAUCCUGAAACCUGGAGGAUCAAUGGAUGGCAUGGAUUUGCUGCAGGCAUUCCUAGGUCGGGAGCCAAACCAAAAAGCCUUUCUUCUGAGUAAAGGGCUAAACCCAUAAAAUAAUGUUGUACUUUCUACUUAAUAAGUGACGCGCACUUGCAGACGUAGCCGGCCAAACCGCUGUACUGAGUGUCUGACUCUGUGCCAAAUCACACACACAGCCUUCUCUUCUAAUUAUUUAAUAUGUGUCUGAAACCCUGCAAAAUGAAAAGCCAUAAUGUGGCUUAGCAUCCAUAAAAAGAAGCAUUUUAUACAUGAAAUAUGCAUGGAUUUGGCCUCUGUAGAGCAGAAAUGUCCAUUUGUAAUAAAAGGCUGAGAUUAAAGCAGAGACUUUUUUUUAUCCAAGACAA